UCAAUAAAACACCACUUUGUUAACGUUUCUUGUGUAUAUUAACACAGACUCUGUUGUAAGCAGUGGUGUACGAAGUAUUUAUAGGCUUUUUCUGAGUAAAAGUACCAAUACAUUAUUGUCAAAAUACUCCAUUGCAAGUUAAAGUCCUCCAUUCAAAAUCUUACUUGAGUAAAAGUGCAAAAGUUUUAUCAGCAAAAUGUAAUUAAAGUAUCAAAAGUAAUAAUUGUGCAUACAAAUUGCCUUUAUGUGUGUAUGUAACAUAUCUGCAUUACUGUAUGUGACAUUUCUAGAAAAUGUUGUUGCAUCAGCAUUUUACUGUUGUAGACAAACAAAGUUUUGAAUGAGUUUUUGUAAAAUAUUCUAAUUAUUUGACUCUUUCGUGACUUAGUGUUAGUCCACUAGUUACAUUUUUAGAGAUGCAUUUUGUUAAAAGUAGCUAAAGCUGUUAAAUACAUUUAGUGGUAUACAAUUACAUGAUUUCCCGUUUAAAUGUAGAAGGGUAUACGUUUAAAUUAGCAUAUAAUGGAAAUACUCAAGUAAAGUACAAAUACCUCAAAGCAGUAGCCUACUUGAGGAAAUCUACUUUUUAGUGACUCCCAAUCUCUAAAUAAGUCGUUUGUAACUACAAUUCCCACAAUGCACCUGACGUAACACGCACUUUAUGGAGCCUCGGCGACUUCUAACGCUACUCACUUUUUCAGAAUAGCAAGCUAACGUCAGAUUGACCCAGCCUACCAUUCAAGCACUUCACCCCAUAAGGACUUUUUGUUAUGUGGAAGCUAUUUCUGCUUUAACAUGUUAUCAGUGUAAUGUCGGUGAGACCAUGUAGAGCCUGUUGUCGCGAGCUAAUGGGAUUAUUCCAAAGGGGAAACUGAAGAUAGCUUUCAACAACAACAACAACAACAACAAGGCGAAGGGGCAGAGCAGCUGCACAGGUCGGUCUAUAAUGACUAAAACUAACGUUACAUAUCUGGUUUAGUUAUUCAAAGUUGAUUUUCAGCGUAGGGAUACAUCUGUCAUUGUGUAUUACUGUGUCAUGGUUUAAUUAUAGCCAUUUUACCCGUAGCGUUACAGGCAACAGUGGCGUUGUAGCUAGCUAGAUAACCAGCGAGCUGUCCAUGUGCACACUGAGUUAUACCUUGUUGUGCGACGUAGGUAAAAGACAAUGUCUUCAACUGUUUAGCUGAUUAGUGUCAAUAUUUUAUAGCUAUCGACCCUUGUGUAUCUUCAUGUAUCACCCUGUUUCCCCACGCAGUGAGCUGGGGUUUCUGCCAGCCAUGUAUUCGUUUUCAGGCCCCACAAGCUAUCCUGAAUUUGACCUCGGAUCUCCAAGUACUUCUGGCCACCUACAGAGAGCACCUCUGUCGAACAGCAGCUGGGAGACGAGAUGCCUCAGGAAGCACAGGAGGAGAGUUGAUGAUGAAGGAUGCAGUGCCAAAAGGAGGAGGUUAAUGUUCGAGGCAGAAGUGGACAUUUCAGAGAACUCCAACACUAGCUCUCAUCAUGACUGGCCUUCAGCGCCCAGCCGCCCUCCUCUGCCUGCACAGCCCAGCAGUUCUGCCCCCCCACAGCCCUGCCCAGCGCCCCACAGCCCGCAGCCCUCCUCCACGCUGCCCCGACCCGAUCCAGAGAGCUCCUGCAUGGAGAUAGAGGCCGCUCAGAGGAGACUACAGGAGAUCGAAGACAGGAUAACGCUGGAGGAUGACGAUGAGGAUGAGGAUCUCGAUGUAGAGCCCGCCCCCAGACGACCAGUGCUGGUGAUGUCCGACAGUCUGAAGGAGGGUCUGCAGCGCGGCAUCAGUGACAUCCUGCCGCACACAGUGGCCCAGUCUGUGAGCCAGUCCUGCAUGGAGCUGGUGUUGUGGCGGCCUCCAGAAGAUCCCUUCUGUCGGAAGCGAAAGGUCUCUUUACAGAAACAGCAUAAAAAGCAGACUGUGUCUCGGCUCCCCCCGACUCCCUGUCCCUCUCCCACCCCUCACCCCCCCCUGAGCGCCUCCAGCCCGCCUGCAGACACACACUCCGCUCUGUACAGCUUCCCUGUAGCCCUCACCUCUGGAGAGGAGGACAUGGAGAUGUGAUGGUGCUUGAUGAUCGAGCAGCAUGCCAAAGUAAAAGACUUGAAAUGAAGUCGACAGAAGACUAUGAAGGACUUGGAACCACUUGAAAUUGGUCAGUUCGGCUUAACAUAAAUAUUUCACGUUUUGCUUUACAGUCACGCCGUUGAGGUUUUUUGACUAUAACCCCAAUCAACUAUGAAAGAUGUAACAAUAAGGCUGACCUUACCUAGUUUUAUUCAUUUCAAUGUCUCAAGACAUGAUGUCAAGAUACAUUUGGCAGCCUUACCCAACUGACUUACAGAAUUAACCUUUGCCCUUACAAGUGACAUCCUUUGUACAGCAUUUUUGCCAAAUCUUCUCCAACAACUCACUGAUGUGCUGUAAAUAACUUUGAUCUUUGUUAAACUUCAGUGUGCAGCACCUGAGUUUUGUACAGUUUUUCUAUGUUUAGCUUCUGGCAUUUACCAGGACAUAAAAGUUUGUUUGUGUGUUCAUGUUUGCUCAUAGCAUGACUUCCUGUUCACUGUUUUUGUGGUAGGAAUAUUAUCCACCCAUAGUUGUUAGCAAGUAAGUAAAGAAGUCAUGGAAAUGCACCUUUAAUGAGUUGAUUGUAUUUUCAUACUGUAUAUCUCCAUUACCACAAUUGCAACUAGCCAUCGAGUGUUAUGACCUUGUUUGUUUUUCAAUAAACUCUUACAUUUUCCAGA